AUGGAAAUUGAUUUUGCUCAUUUACAUAAUCCGACUUUAUUUGGUUCAUUAUCUGUCUCUCCACCAGCCUCAAUGUUCGAUUCAUUUUCUCCAUUACUUCAUUUAAAUGAUGAUUUUUUGGAUGUUUUAAAUCCUUCAUCAAUCGAUGAUGAUACAGAUGAUUGGAUGAAACCAUUAUUACUUGAUCAAUUAUUUGAACAUGAUUUUUUAUCUCCACAACUUUCAAUUGAUGAUAUUGAAGUUAAACAAGAAAAACAACCCGAUGAUGAUAAACGAAAAUUAAUAUCUUUUAAUAACAAUUGUUCAUUUAUUAUUGAUGAAAAAUUUCUUUCUAAUAAUUAUUCUCAACAACAACAACAACAACAACACCAACAUCAACAACAAAGAGAAAAUGAACUUAUGGAUUUUUUUCAACAACAUUCUGAACAACAAUUACCACCAUUACCAUCAACAACAACAACAGUUCGUUUAAUACAUCAACCUAAAAUUGAACCCGCUGAAUUACCAACAACAUUAUAUGUUAGUGGAAAUGAAUUACAAUUUCAUCCAAUUGUAACAACAAAUAAUACAACAAGUAAAACAAUUGGACAUACUUAUACAACAACAACAUCAUCACCUCUUCCAUCUGUACCGAUACAACCAUCAGUACCUAUUGUACCAGCGAGAGUAUUAAAAGGCAAAAAAUUUAAACGCGGAGGACGAGUUUCAUCUCGAGCAACAUCAAGAAGUAACGCAGCUGCUAAAAGACGUUUGAAUUCAACAGCAGCAGAACCAAAAGCAAGUGUUGUUAUAAUAGCAGAAGAUGCAACAAGAAUAGAUUCGAAAACAACAACAUUAGGUUUAAGUUCAACAGGUUCAUGUUCAAAUGAUUCAGAUCUAUUAAAAUCUUCAUCAUCAACAACAACAUCAACACGUUCAUCAACUCGUCGUCGUGUUAAAUCAACACCACGUGAAGUUAUUUUAUUUCGUAAUGGAACAUUUGUAUCAAAAGAACCAAUAACAAAACAACAACCAACAACAACAUUAUGUUUUGAAACGACAACAACAUCAUCAAAUAAUACUUGUCCAUUACCACCUCCUCCAUUACAUCAACAACAAAUAACAGCAACUGGUUUACAAGCAGCUGCACAAAUUGUUGCAUGUAAUGUUCUUAGACAAGCAACUUUAAAUGAUGCAUUAAUUGAACAAUUAAUAAAACGUGAGCCAGCAAAUAAUGAUGAUGAUUUUCCAAUAUAUUGUUAUUCAAGUCCAUCACUAUCAUCUGCAUCAUGUACAAUGACAGCAGCUAUGGAUGAAUAUGAAAAUAGUUGUUCGACAACAUUAAAAAUUCUUGGAUGUAAUACAACAGCACCAUUACAUUCAACAACAACAACAAAUAAUACAACAACAACAACUAUUGAAUUACUUACAUUUGCUGCUUUACAACAGCAACAACAACAUCAUCAUCAUCACCAUCAUCAACCACAAUUUUGUUAUAUUAAACAAGAACCAGGUACAACAACUACAACCACGACAACAUUUCUUCUUCCUCGAUUACUUCCACAGUGA